CGCUCGCUGUGGCCAGGGAGUGCAGCUCAUGCCAGUGUCGGAUCUUCUUUCAAGCCGGCGCGCUGUUUCCUCUCCAGCUCAGACUCAGUUCAGUUCUCCAGCGCAGCCACCGGCUCACCAGCCCCAAGUUUACGCACAGGGAUGCGGGCGCGUGGAGCCGCGUGAAAAUGGCUCGCUUUAGGAUUUACUCUUUCCUUGCUCCUUUUCAUAUAUUGGUGUUGUGUCAAGCCUUGAGGAAUUAUCCAGAUAAUGAAGUUACUCUACUCGACUCUAUGUCUGCCCCAGGUGAUCUGGGUUGGGAAGCGUAUCCAUCAGAGGGGUGGGAGGAGAUCAGUGUUAUGGAUGAGAGGAACAUUCCUAUGAGGACGUACCAGGUGUGCAAUGUAAUGGAAGCCAAUCAGAACAACUGGUUGCGCACUGGACUGAUCCAGCGAGAAGGUGCUCAACGAGUCUACGUGGAGAUCAAAUUCACUCUACGUGACUGCAACAGCCUUCCGGGAGUCCCUGGGACCUGUAAGGAGACGUUUAAUGUGUACUACCACGAAUCUAACAAUGCCGUCGCUGCACCUUUGCGGCACAUUCGAGAAAGCCAAUAUGUCAAGAUUGACACUAUAGCGGCUGAUGAGAGCUUUACGCAGACAGACGUUGGAGAUCGUGUCAUGAAGUUGAAUACGGAAGUGCGAGACAUCAGUGGUCUCAGUAAGAGGGGCUUGUACCUGGCGUUUCAAGACCUGGGUGCUUGCAUUGCUCUGGUGUCGGUGAGAGUCUUUUAUAAGCGCUGUCCUCUGGCGGUGCUAAAUUUGGCCCGUUUCCCGGACACAGUGACGGGUGGCGAUUCAGCACUGGUGGAGGUGCGUGGAACUUGUGUGGAGGAUGCGGAAGAGCUCGAGGCACCACGGAUGUUUUGCAGUGCUGACGGAGGUUGGCUGGUGCCCAUCGGCCGCUGUGUGUGCCGGCCAGGAUUCGAGGAGGUAGAUGGACACUGCCAACCAUGUCGGUCAGGCUUCUACAAGGCCUCUGCUAUGGAUGCAUACUGUGUGAAGUGCCCCCCACACAGUUACUCCCACCAGGACAAGGCCUCUGAGUGUGUGUGUGAGAGAGGCUUCUACAGGGCUGAAUCAGACCCUCGCUCGAUGGCGUGCACAAGACCACCUUCGGCACCCGGCAAUCCCAUUUCCAUGGUGAACGAGACUGCAGUCACUCUAGAAUGGAGUCCUCCUCGUGAAAGUGGUGGACGUGGAGAUGUCACCUACAGUGUCCACUGCAGGAAAUGCUCUGGAGAAGCAGGGGCUGCAGGAGAUGGUGAGAAGUGCGUUCCCUGUGGCAGCGGUCCGCAUUUCAACCCCAGGCAGUUUGGCUUGACGCACCCCAGAGUUCUGGUGACAGAACUGCAGCCUCACACCAAUUACACCUUCAACAUUGAAGCCCUGAACGGAGUGUCGGAUCUCAGCCCCAGUCCACGUCAUCUAGUGUCCGUCAACAUCACCACCAGCCAGACAGUGAGUGUCAUCUUAAAGGAAAGGAAGGGCACCGACAGUGUAACGCUGGCAUGGCAGGGUCCAGAACCUUCUGACGGGACUGUAGUGGAAUAUGAAGUCACCUAUUAUGAAAAGAACCAGCAGGAUCAGAACUACACUGUGCUGAAGACCAAAUCCAACAGUAUGACGGUGGAAGGCCUCAAGCCGGGAACCACAUACAUCUUCCGGAUCCGAGCCCGUACAGAUGGAGGCUAUGGGAACUACAGGGGAGAAAUUGAGUUGGAGACGAGCCAUGAAGAUAUGCUUGCGGUUGGAGAUCCAAACCAGCAAACCAUACUGGCCAUCUCUGUGGCAGGCGGUGCAGUGCUUCUGGUCUUGCUAGUGGCCUGUUUUGUUGUGAGUGGAAGGCGCUGUGGAUAUAUUAAAGCAAAGCAAGACCCUGAGGAAGAGAAAAUGCAGUUUCAGCAUGGACGAGUCAAACUUCCCGAAACCCGCACGUAUAUUCACCCGCAUACAUAUGAGGACCCCAACCAGGCGGUGCGAGACUUCGCCAAGGAGAUCGAAGUUUCCAACAUACGGAUUGAGAGAGUUAUUGGGGCUGGUGAGUUUGGAGAGGUCUGCAGUGGCCGUCUGAGGCUGCCCAGUAAGAGGGAGAUCCAGGUGGCCAUCAAGAGUCUGAAAGCCGGAUAUUCAGAGCAGCAGAGACGUGACUUUCUGGGUGAAGCCAGCAUUAUGGGCCAGUUUGACCAUCCCAACAUCAUUCGACUGGAAGGAGUCGUCACUAGAUGUAAGCAUCUACAUCUGAAACGCAUUUGCACAUAACGUCUAUUGCUGGAA